CUUUAAAAGUACAAGACAGACUACAAGGAGAAUGACUCUCUCCAACUCGUGGCCUGCAGUUCACUCUUUUUUUUAACUUUUACGCCACAGAAUUCUGCUGGCAACCUGCUAUUGUGGGUUCCUACAUAUCUUUUUUUAAAGCUAAUGGUACUGAGAGAUUCUAAGUUUCCUCUGCGUUUGGUAGACAGACCUGCAGCUCAGAUAAAGAAACCUGACGCCAGAAGACCUGAAGGAUGAGUCAUCGUUCUCGGGCCUCCAGGGUGCGACAGCAUGUCCACUGUGAUUCCUGCUACAGUCGGCGCUGCAGGGCUCGGGUGGAGGUCUCUGUGUCCUGUGCCGUCAUCCCCUGCCGUCUGCUCUGCGGUGCCCUUUUCCAUCUCUGCAAAGAGGAGGAUCACCUGCUGCUCUGCCCCAAUGUCAGGGUGCCCUGCCUCAACGCUGAGUUCGGCUGCCCAGUCCAGCUGCCCCGCUCCUCUCGGGCAGCUCACCUCCAGGUGUGUCCGGCCAGCGUGGUGUCCUGCUCCAUGGAGUGGAAUCGCUGGCCAGCCAAUGAUGCCCAUUCUUACCCAAACACAGAGCUGCAUGAAAACCUGCUCAGAGAAAGAGAGCAGGGAGGAUGUCUGGACCUGGCUUUGGCCCUGAAAGACCAGGACCGCCUAUUUCACUCCAUUAAGAUGAAGAAACUGUUCCCAGAGAUGAUCCAGACUGCAGAGGAGGAGAUGAAAGAAGAGAGGAAGGAGAGGGAGAGGGAGAGGAAGAAGAAGAAAGAGAGGAAGAAAAAGGCAGCGGAGAGGGAAGCGGCAAGAGAAGCCAAUGCUCAAACCUGGGAGUCUUUCAAUCUGUUUAACAUCCAAAACCCUAAUGUGACAGAAGAGGAGGAGGAGGAUGAAGAUGAGGAUGAGAUUGAAUAUCAGCCGGUGCUAACUCAGGAGGAGAGAGAGGCUAUAGCCAGGUCAUCAGUAGUUGAUGCUGACCUGUUAGAAAACUACAGCACCUGGGAGCACAUGUUCAGUAUGGAGAUGGGCGGCUGCCGGACAGCUGGAGAGGCAGCAGCAGGAGGCCGAGGACAGAGUCUGCCUAAAGGGAGGGGAAAAGGCCUGGGCACUGUUAUGGAGGAAGAUGCCUGUAUGGGUGCAACAGCAUCAGACACUUGUAAACUAGUGAGCGGUGCCUGCACCUCCUCAUCCUCCUGUCCAGCUGGAAAGCGCAAGAAGGGGAACUUUGUGUACGGACACGUGGAGGCGAUGAAGAUUAUCACUGUACGCACCUUUAAAAUCCCAACCAGCUUUUCUGCCAGGCAGUCCCGCAUCCGCAACCCUGGUUUCUACAGGAGAGAGAGUGAAGCUGUGGACACCAGCGAUCUGGGAGUGGCGCUAGAGGAGAUGCCAGUUUGGGAGGAAGUUCAGGCCUCCCUGCUGUGCUCCCUGGAGAAGGAGCAGAGGGGUCACCUCAUCGCAGAGAGUGUUUGCCAAGACGGUCUGUUACAAGAUGAAGGCACACAGACCUACAACUUUCUGUCAGCUCCUUUCCGGAAAAACACGUCACUGGCUGACCUGAAUGCCAGGAAACCACCAGAGCUGCACCUACAGCUGCAGGUGGAGAGCGUCACUAGCCGACACCACAAGGCCAGCUCUGCCUUCACCUUCCUCUGUGGACACUAUUUCCAGCGCAGAGAAUACGGCAAACAUUAUAAGAACAUCCACAGCGACAUCCAGAUGGGUGUAAACGGCUGGUUUGAGCAGAGAUGUCCACUGGCGUACCUGGGAUGCACCUACAGCCAGAAGAGACUUCAGCCCUCCACACAUGAAGCAACCGUCAAAUACAAUGAGGAUCUGGGCUGCUUUAGCCUCCAUCCUACAACCCUUGUCUCUCUGGGUGAUGCCUCCCAGCCGUCCAGCAACUCAGCAGACUCCUCUAUCGCUCAAAGGAAGAGAGGAGGUCAAGCUGGAGCAGGGGAGGACUCUCUGAGCUCGUUGCCCUACGAGGUGCUCUGCCACAUGGCCAGCUUCCUGGACAGUCAGUCCCUGUCGCAGCUCGCUCUGGUGUCCCAGCUCAUGAGGCAGGUGUGUUCAUCUCAGCUGCAGGACAGAGGGAUGGUGACCCUCCGCUGGGAGAAGGAGGCCAACUCACAUCGAGGAGCCAAGUGGAGGGUGACGCAGAAGGUUUGGCAGUUCAGCUCCUUGUUCUCUCCUGUGGACACCUGGUGCUUCCGAGACGUGCCGUCCAUCUCGGAGCAUCUAAAAGUGUGUCCCUACUACGAGAAAGAGUCCAAGACAGAGAAGAUUUGUCUUCCACAGAUCCGAGAAGUAAUCCAAACCAACAGGAGCUGCAAAGGUCCCACUCUGGUGACCUUGUUCCAGCAGCAAAGGAUCAUGAUGUAGGGGUGUUAGAAAUCAGGUAGCUAGUAAAAUGUAUGUGUCACAACCCACCAACAACAGACUUUUAUUGCAUGCAGUCCCUUUUCUCUCUCUUGCCAUAUGCCCUGUCACUGCUGUCCACUGGCAUUUAAAGGUAAAGGAGUUGAGUUUUGAUAUUAAUGCUGUGACACUGAUUCGAUGCCUUCAUUGCAGACACAGACUUUGCAGUCUAAAUCGAACUUCAUUGACAAAAAAUGUCAGGAAAGCACUGAAAUUAAGUAUGUAAAGAAAUUCCUGAGUAAAGCAAUAAAGCCACAGCUGUCCUCUUU